AUGGCAGUUGGUUUUAGACCAGAUACAUCUACGACGCCCCGAGAUUCUCGAAGUAUUCCAUCGAAGGGCAUCUUGUCCAGUGAGAUGGAGGUUGAGGGAGAUGGCGAGGAAAUGGUGAUAGGGGGCCAUGAUGGCUACACAAUUUUCUACGCGGAGGGACUGAAGUCCUCGUCGGAAUGCGACAGCGCAUCUCGAAGGGGGCGACCGCCGAAACGCUUGCUCUUUUCAACCGAAAGCUCCUUCGCCGAUCAGGUUCUCCCUUCUCUCAUCCGGGAUCCCGAAGUCGAACUGCGUCUUAUAACGGACGAGCCGUCCGCGUCGCUUGCCGGUGCGAACAAGAUCCCACAUUACACCGAUACCGUUGAUGAUCAAACAUUCGAUAAAAAAACAGGGGCGCAAAGAUGGCUGAAGGCAAAGGCGGCUGAGCUGUGCGAAUGGGCCGAUCUGCUUUUGGUGGCGCCUAUAGACGCUGGGACGUUGGGAUCGAUGCUGGCGGGUCUCACUAAUACCCUGACACAAUCCCUUCUUCGGUGUUGGAUCUCGUCGAAGCCUGUUGUUCUUGUCCCGGGGAUGACGAUACCGGAAUGGAGGCAUCCGCUGAGCAAAAGGCAGCUGAAGGAAAUCGAGCAGUUCUGGCCCUGGAUCCAUGUUGUUACGCCCAUUUUAUGGAAGUCGAAUGGCCCCGAGGAGCUAGUCCGGUUACCCUGGGGUGGACUGGAGGAGCUCAAUAAGACCAUUCAAAAUGUCCUGCAUUUGGAAUAUUGUCCGGCUGCCAAGGAGUUUGUGUUGAAUGGGUCCAGUUCACUGCCUACCGUGCCAGCAGAUAAGACGUCUACCAACACCAUCGUCCUUUCGACAUCCAGGCUUCUACAACCCCGAUCCACGAACGGGCCUGCUCAUGGCCCUCAUGCGCUUCCUCUUGAGAUAUGGUUGAACAUCUUCGAGGACCAGCUUGGAGACUGGGAAAUAGCCAAGGCAGUCGGCAUCCCGACCCGUCUCCCUGUUCCCACGGAAUGGCAGUCCCAUAUUCUGAAGAUGUCCACACCGGCAUCACUGGAGUAUGCCAUCCUCCGUGGUUCCUUUUCCUCGAUAAGGAAACGUCUCAAUUCCUUACCCCGCUGGGAACUCCUUUCCAACCUAGCCUGCCACCUCAUCUUCAAGUUCUCCCGCACCGAUAUCCUAUCCUAUCUGACAGAGAAUCAUCCGGACCUUCUCACGACUCCCCGUCUCAGGGACCUCCCCUACCGCGCCUCCGCCAUCUAUGGCAAUCCAGCCAUAUUGACCUGGUGGCGCGAUACUCAUUCCCUCCCAACAAAGGAAUAUAAGGCGGACGCCAUGGACGGCGCCUCCCGAGCUGGAUUCGUCAACGUUCUAGAAUGGUGGCGCACCUCCGGUCUCGAACUGAAAUAUACCGAACGAGCCCUCGAAUCCGCCAGCGCAGAAGGCCACGUUGCCGUGCUCGACUGGUGGAAACACGCCUCCUCCAACGCUCCCCCUUCACACCCCAUCCCCCUGAAAGUGGGCAAAUCUGUCCUCCUGGCCGCCCAGUCCGGCCGAACCGCCUCUCUGGCCUGGUGGGAUGCCUCCGGAAUCCCAUAUAGCCACGCCGAAUCUGUCGCCCGCAUCGCCUCCACGCACGGCCACGUCCACGUCCUCGAAUUCUGGCACCGUCUUAAAGGACCGAAGAUGAUCUUUGACAGCCAGGUCCUGGUCGGUCCGACCAAGAACGGACACGACAAUGUCCUUGAAUGGUGGCGACGGAGCGGGUUGCGCGUUGAAUUCAAGACGUGCGAUAUCGAGGAGGCGCUGGAAGACGCUGAUCCUGUCUCGGGGGCUGAAGGCCGUGUUAGAAGAUGGUGGGCGCGAAAUGGGCUUAAUCUUGGUGUAGGCACAAGUGAGUGGAUGAAGACGAAAGUGUUGUGA